AUGACUGAAGCCAGCGAAGAACGCUAUCAAAAAGUUUUGGACGGAGGCUGGAAGGCCGACUACAUUAUCAGGGGUCUUAAUGAAGAUGAAAUCGCAAGCUGGGCUCAAUUUUGCGCCAGCAUUUUCGCCUACAAAGUCAAUCCGCCACCAGCGUCCUACUUUGAGCGACACUACUACAAUGAUCCCAAUCGUGGCCAAGCUUCCUUAAUUCGAGUGGCCUGUUACAAUGGAGAAAUUGUUGCGUCGUGUCGUCUCUUUUUGAAGAACAUUUCAACGGGAGGCAAGACGAUUGUUGGAGGUGCAACCCAUCUUAAGGGAGGCGGGAUUGGUGAAGUUUGCACGAAAGAAACUCAUCGAAAACGUGGCCUUUCCAAAGUUUUGCUGCAAAAUGUCAUGGAAAUCAUGAAGGAACGACAACUUCAAGUAUCCUUAUUACAUGCGGCACCAUCAUUUUUUCCCGUCUACGAAAAGGCUGGAAACUACCAAUGCACACUUUCCAAGUGGUCUGUGGCACCGUUGACCAAAGCAACAAGUGCAAAAACAACAACCAAUGACGACGGUUCCUUUUCCAUUCGCAAUGCCGCAUUUCCCAAUGAUACUGAUCAAUUAUGCAAACUACAUAAAGCAUACUCGGAAGAUACAUUUGCUGGAUGUAUCGUACGAUCUCCCGAAUACUGGAAUGACUAUCUAUCCAAAGAAUUGGGAACCUCCUUGUGGGUGCUCACUUCUUCUUCUAUUUCUUCCAGUGACAACAACAUUGUGGGAUGGUUGUCCCUAAGGCUUAGAGGUGAUCGAGUCCAAUUGCGCGAAUUUGGUGUCGAUAGCACUGCCAUUGGUGUCGCCAAGGUUCUCAACUUGUUACUGCCACAUGCCAUGAAGGAAUUGAAUGGAGUGAGUGACAACGAGUGUUUGCUAGUUAUACCGACGGAAGUCUUGGAUCAAGCCAAAGCCGAAUACCAACAAAACAGUGAGCAACUGUUAUUGUUAAAGAAUCUAGAGUGGGACUCGGUGGUGCAAGAUAAUGAUCAAGGUUGGAUGUACAAGAUAUUAGACGAUCAAGUUCCGUUUGAUGCCAUUAGUGGGGAAACGACACCACAUUUGAUUUGGCCAGCGGAUUCGUUUUAA